CUAUACGUGGAAGACUCUAAGGGACUGCCACGUGAAAUUUACACCGUGGUUCCGAACGAUUCGAACGGGAUUCAAAAAACUGGCGUGUUGGCCGAAUUUGUGCCCAGCGCAAACCUUUCUUUCGUAUCCAAAUGUAUAAAGUACGGAAUAAUAUGGAAAUCGAACAGAGGAGACGUAAAAAGAAUCGAUUGUUUAAGAACGUAUCCAACGUGGAUGAAAGACAUGAAAGAUAUUCUCGGUCCUUUGAGGAUAAAGGAUAUAUUUUUACCCGGGACGCACGAUUCCGCGGCGUACGAUGUGAACGGUACUAUGAUAAGCAUCAUUUCGAAAUUUGCCGUUACACAGGAUUUAGAUAUUCUUGGACAAUUGAUACACGGUGUACGAUAUUUGGAUAUUAGGUUAGGGCAUUAUCCCGAGAACAGUGAGGUUUGGUGGACCAUUCACGGCCCAUUUUAUCGUUCGGUCCCGUUAAAGACCGUUAUAGAUCACGUGAAAAGUUUUCUCGACAAUACCAAGGAAAUCGUGAUAAUGGACAUACGUGAAUUCGCCGUUGGUUUCAAUAAUUAUUCCGAUCAUCGUGCGUUGGUGUCGCAUCUGGAACACGAAUUUCGCGAUUAUUACCUGACCCGAAAUAAUCAAGGAUGGGGCGUCACGUUGAACGAGAUCUGGUCUUCUGGAAAAAGAUUGAUAAUCGGUUACGAGGAUUCGAAAGUCGUGGCUAAUCACGCAAGUGUGUGGCCUUGUGUGACGCAUAAAUGGGGGAAUGUCAAGACCGUUGAAGACUUGUACAAAUAUUUGCAUAAAGUUGAAACCAACAAUAGGGACAACGUACUGAGACCCCGAUCUGCGAUGGCGGAAUUGACCCCGGAUUUUAACGAUAUUAUCACGAAUAGAUUAGGAAAUCUUCGAGAUAUGGCGCAUAGAGUUAAUUUGAACGUGACUAAUUGGUAUAGCACCAUUUGGCAGUACACUGCCAAUAUCGUAGCAACAGAUUUCAUCAGAGACACGGAUAUCGUUCAAGUUGCUAUUAAAUCUAACAAAAAUCGUCAUUUGUACUGUGAGCAUUUAUUUAGGCGUUAAUUUCGUUUAAUUUGGUUAAUUAAUUAAUUAUUCGUUAUUAAUUAAGAAAGGAAUUUAUUUUAUAUUGAAUUUGUUUUGCAAUUGCUGUAAAUAAAUAUUGUAAAUAAUAAAUCGGUAAAUCUAUAGAUGAGAGAUUUUUAUGAUCUAUAAAUGUAUUCGAGCAAUAAAAUCUUUUAAAUAA